GGACAUGCAUCUUAUACUUCAGGAAUCGCAAUUGAUGAUAUGAAAGUGCAAGGAAUGGAACUGACCUUUGUGGUGUACCCAGCCCUGAUAAAUACCCUUCCAUUUCCCCAUCUUUGGAGCAUUUUGUUCUUCACCAUGAUGACAAUGCUGGGUCUUGGAACUGAGUAUGUGUUUAUUGAAGUUUGAAGUGAAACUUUCCAUGGAACUUGUAAUAGAAGAAAGAAUUAUAAAGGGAAGAAGAUAGUCAUGACUUUUACUUUUUGCCUAAUCAUCCUUCUCCUUAAUCUAACAUUCUUCGCUUCAAGUGCUGGCUAUUACUGGUUGAAAUAUGUUGAUCAUUACUCGACAAGCAUAAAUCUGGUAAUCUUUUCAUUUAUCCAGAUAGUUUUGUUUGUUUACUUGCUUCCUAUUGAGGAUCUUGUGGAAAGAGUCAAGAAGUUCGGAGAGACAACUCCUAAGCUAUAUAUUUUCUGCCUAAAAUGCAUCUGUCCAGCCUUCUCCCUGUUCUUGUCUGCCAUGGCUGUGUACGGUGAUAUUACCAACAAAAACAAGCCGAAAAUGUUAAUCGAUCAACUGGUGUGUUACACUAUUUUUCUAAUCCCCGCCUUCAGCUUCUUGGUAAUCUAUCUUUGGAACCCUUUCGAAAAGUAUGACUCUGAAAGCAUGGCUGCAGACAAAUCAGCCAGUCUCUUCGACAAUUCAAAUGAACUCAAAGAGUUGAAUAAUUCUUAACAGGUUAUCCUUCAGCAAUGCUCUAAAGAACCCCAUACGUAUUCACCACCAUUUCA